CUUUAGAAACAUGGCAACAGCCCUGUGUAAGCUCAGUUCUGCUCACGGUGAAGGCCAGUGCAGAGAAUUGUUACAUACUUUACAAUUAUGUAAAAUGCUCACAAAAAGUUGUGACUUAAGAGAAACAAGUUACAAAUAAACUUCCAGACCUUAACAUGUUUACCUGGCCAAUGAUUUUGGAAUAGGCGGCAUGCUUACUGUUACUAUUACAAUUUCAUGCAGCAGAUAACUGUAUAAUUUUUGUCCCCAGAGUCCUUUUGAAACACAAAAAAUCCUGAUUUUUGAAUUGACUGCUAAAGCUUCCUGGUUUUCCUUUUUCUUCAAUCAUCUCCCUCCUCCCUUCAUGAAAUGAUUCACUCUUUCUCCCUAUCGGUGACUUAUCUUUCUGGCAGUAUUUUCAUACCUUGCCUCCUGUUUCCUUCCAGCCAGUUGGGUUCUGCAGCAGCUGACAUGCGAAAAAGGCAGCAAUCACAAAAUGAAGGAACACCUGCUGUGGCCCAAGCACCUGGAAAUCAGAGGCCCAACAACACCUGCUGCUUCUGCUGGUGCUGCUGCUGCAGCUGCUCCUGCCUCACUGUCAGGAAUGAAGAAAGAGGAGAGAGUGCCGGGAGACCUGCCCACACCACAAAAAUGGAGAGCAUCCAGGUCUUAGAGGAAUGUCAAAACCCCACCAUGGAUGAAGUCUUAUCCUGGUCUCAAAAUUUUGACAAGAUGAUGAAGGCACCUGCAGGAAGAAAUCUUUUCCGAGAGUUCCUCCGAACAGAAUAUAGUGAAGAGAAUCUACUCUUCUGGCUGGCCUGUGAAGACUUAAAGAAAGAGCAGAACAAAAAAGACAUUGAAGAAAAAGCCAGAAUGAUAUAUGAAGACUACAUUUCCAUACUAUCACCGAAAGAGGUCAGUCUGGAUUCUCGGGUUCGAGAGGUGAUCAAUAGGAACCUGCUGGAUCCAAACCCGCACAUGUACGAAGACGCCCAGCUUCAGAUCUACACCUUAAUGCACAGAGAUUCUUUCCCAAGGUUUUUGAACUCUCAGAUUUAUAAGUCAUUUGUUGAAAGUACUGCCGGCUCUUCUUCUGAAUCUUAAUUUUCAUUCAAAAUAAAAAUUACCGAGGGCUAGGAUGGGAAAUAAUGUAUUUCGGUACUGUCAGAAGUUGAGUUCCCGGAAAACCACCGGUUGGCAUCCUCAGGCUACUGUGAAAAUACAACCAUUGUGGUCCUUGUCUCCAUUUUUAUCAGAGUUAACUGUGAUUCAGUUUGGCGAGAACACCCCAUGAACCAAUGAAUUGCCGAAUUCAGUUUGCUUUAUUCAGAACUCAUUCUCCUUGCAAGCAAGUCGUUUCUGUAGCCCGCCAUCUCCCAGUGUGUCUCCAAAGACUGCAUGUGCAAAGUAAAACCCGCUUCAUUUGCCA